AUGAGCAAACUUGCCAGUUUUCUGCUCUCUAUCGCCUUUUGUUCAAACCUACUGUCCGACAUUCCUCGAGGGCAGCUCUUCUUCCAAUCACCAGAACAAGCCACGCGAGGACCAAUAACUUCAAGACCAGAUACUUCAAAUCUAAUUUUUGCCUCGUUCUCGGCCCUCCUUCAACAAUGGCCAAACAGCAUCUUCCCCGGUGGGCAUUCGAUUGUAGCUGGAGUGAUUCCUCGCGGUACACUCUUGUAUCAUGGCGCCAACAACCGAAAAAGCCCUCCUAGUGGCAUGGAAUGGCUUUCGUUUGAUCCAGAAAUGGCUUACUCGGUGCACGCGGUGAGAGAGGGAGAGACGGCUUUAUACACGUAUUCUACUCAGCGCCCGUUGAAAAUUAUAUAUCUUGACGGUCAGAGUGCUUCUGUUGGAACAGCUGGAUACAUGGAUAGUCAAAGUCUUCUAGUCAAUGGGUCGGUUCCCAAAGAAGUGCAAGAAUUCGGACCACUCAAUGUCCUGCGCGGUGAAUAUCGUCGAGCUGAAGGACUUUGUGACGUUGGAAAGAGGCUUGGCUUCGAAGGAAUUGUGCGCAUGAACACUGGAUUUGAAUUGAUAUGGUGUGACUUUGGAAACGGAUUAGACUUGAUCGGAGAAACAAACACUACCGAUCCCUUCCAAACUCAAGGUGAUAAUCCAGCCCAACAUAACCCGGUCUUUCAUGUUAAAUCGUCUCCCUUGCCUUCCGAAGCUCCUUGGGAGCAAACACGAGUGGCAACGCUGCAAUAUCAUGAUCCUGGAGAAACGCGUGUCAAACUGGAUGCAAACUCCUUUAUAAGUUUUUAUGACAGAGUGGAUAGUCUUUCUGAAAAAAGGAUAGCCAUGAACCAACAGUACAAGCGAUCGAUGCAUCGACUGCAUGGCAUCAGUCAAGAAGAUUUUGCGAAUGUCCUUGAUCGGCUGGAAAACGUUAUCGCCCGCAAAAACUCUGAAGGCUGGGAAGUGAACCAGAAUGAUCCCGAUUGGCAGGCAAUCGUUCAAAAGAUCAUCCACGUCUACAGUUCUCGGUUAACGGAUUUAGACCAUUUGCUGAGAGAUGGCGAACGAAACGCGACGAUGAAAGCAAUGGAUGUCAGAAGAUUGACUUACGCUAUGCUCAUGCGAUACGUUAGCUUCUCUAACUUCAGCCGGAUCGAUACCUCAUGGAUGGACGUGGCUAUUACAAAUUGUACAAUGGCCUUUACAACCACUGAAAGAGCGCGAGAGAAUCUGACGGAAUCGAGCCGAGUCUUGAUGGGGGCGAUUGAAGGAACUUUGGAAAGGUUGUGUAGAACAGUUGCCAGCAUGUUCACGGAGACUGUCAAGCUGGAUUUACCAAACUCUUACUACAACUUAAACCGUAAUCCCAUGGACGAUUCCUUGCUAGAGGAAAAGGCCAAGGUCGACGUAGUGAUGUGGAAAAGGAAGCUGCAGCACCUUCUGGCUUGGUUGGGAUGGCCUGAUGGACUGCGUUGUGAGCCGCAAUGCUCAGCAAAUGAAAUCUGCAUGAUACCCAUGUGGCCGGCAGUCCCAGUCGUUCGUAUCCAUCCGUUUGAAUAUACGACACCCUUCGACGAAAUGUUCGAAGCGCAACCACUACCCGUAUGUCUCAAGUGGGAAAAUUCGAAACCGUUAGCCAAUCUGCCAGCUGAAAAAAUGUCGCUGAUUCAAAGCCCAAAGCCUUGA